UCCUCAGCACGGUGUCAGUUAUCUUAUGCUUCAGAUUUCCACAGCCUGAGAGUAUAUAAAAGGUCAUCAGGAGCACUGGGAUGGUCACUGCAGUCGACUCCAGUCUUGUCUGUGUCAUCUGUACCCUACAAAGCAAAAGAUACAACUAAGAUCAAAAUGGCUUUCGCAGGUGUACUGAAUGAUGCUGACAUUACUAAAGCCCUGGAUGAGUGCAAAGAUGCAUUCGACUACAAGAAAUUCUUCAAGACUUGCGGUCUAGCUGGAAAGAGUGCUGAUGAUGUCAAGAAGGCCUUUUACAUCAUUGACCAGGACAAGAGUGGCUUCAUUGAGGAGGAUGAGCUCAAGCUGUUCCUGCAGAACUUCAAGGCAGGUGCCCGCGCACUAACCGAUGCUGAGACCAAGGCUUUCCUCAAGGCUGGUGACGUUGAUGGUGAUGGCAAGAUCGGUGCUGACGAAUUCUCUACCUUGGUUAAGGCAUAAAGACAACAUGACCAACAACACAUGCUCUGAUGGAACAACAAUGCCCACAUCGACCUCCCCCCAUUUCAUCUGAAUAUAAACAAUUUUUAUACAUUUGCUUAAGGGACGUUUCCUCAUAUAUACAACACACUGUCCAAAAGAUGAUGAUUUUGAAUGUUGCUCGGUUGUGUUCAUGUCUUAAAUAUGAAUUUUGCUAACUGUAAAAUCUAUGCACUUUCCAGGAACUAAAGAUAAAAGGACAAUAAAAUAAUUAUUUCUUUG